GGAGAAAAGAGAAAGUGGUGGCAACGCUGUUGCAUUUGUAACUGUCAGUUUUUCCUUGCCUUUCACAUUUUCUAACAUCAGUGUUCUGUGAAUAGUGAUAUGUAAAUCUUAAUUCUAUUUUAAUAUCAUCAAAUGGAAUACAAACAAAUCGUUUAAAGUGUAUGUGCAGCUUUUAUUGUUGAUAUUUGUGUACAUAUGUUUAAGUCUACUUCUUGCCACAACGAAUUUAGUUAAGAAAAAACAAUACGAACUUCAAUAUGUGUUCGAUACAACAUUGACAAAGAGGAAUUUGAAACGUUUACAAAACAUAAUAUAUAUGUACGUAUAAUGAAAGGUUCUACAGAAAACGACGUAACGCCCUGCGUAGCCGCCGGUCAGCGUAAAAAAAGAUUCCCCGGCCGAUGGUCGUUGCGACAUCUCAUUUAUUCUAGUCCGAUUUUAAAUAGAAGAAGAGGUCAGACAACGUCCGGUCCAUCGAAAACUUUCGCCAAAAAAGAUGGUAAAGACGUACCGAGCGGCAGUAGAUCAGGUAAUAGUUCAAAAGAAAACGACAAACACCACGUGGAGAUCCACCAAGCGACUAGCAGGACUUCGGUGUAUACUACAAGCACGAAGAGCGGCGAAGCUCUACCGCCAUCAUUGGAAUGUCCCCUUUGUUUGGCCGAACUUACAGCGGAAGAUUUCUGCGAAUUGGAAGGUUGCGGACACCGCGCCUGCAUAUCUUGUUUCAAACAAUAUCUUCGAGUGGAAAUAACAGAAUCCCGAAUAUGUAUAGCGUGUCCGGAAUGUUUGGAACCGAUGCAUCCGAACGAAAUUCGCGCCAUAUUAAACAACGGUCCGUUGUUUGAAAAAUACGAGGAUUUUAUGGUGCGACGCGUAUUGGCCGUCGAUCCGGACGCGCGAUGGUGUCCGGCGCCGGAUUGUUCUUUCGCCGUUAUAGCCAGCGAAUGCGCCAGCUGCCCGAAAUUGAAAUGCGAACGUCCCGGUUGCAAUUCGUAUUUCUGUUAUCACUGCAAAGCCGAAUGGCAUCCGAAUCAAACGUGCGACGCCGCAAGGGCGCAACGAUCGCCGAAUAUCAGAUCGUCAUCGAUUUCUUACAGUCAAGAUUCGCAACACAGUAAGUCGCGCGUAUCGAACCGUAUCGAAUUCGAAAUAUUUAUAUUUCAUAUAAUUGGUUUCGUUUUUUCAGGGGACGACAUAAAACCUUGUCCGCGCUGUCAAGUUUUAAUCGUCAAAAUGGACGACGGUUCUUGUAAUCAUAUGAUGUGCGCCGUUUGCGGAGCGGAAUUUUGUUGGCUGUGCAUGAAGGAGAUUAACGAUCUUCAUUUCCUUAGUCCGUCUGGAUGUACUUUUUGGGGGAAAAAACCUUGGUCCCGUAAAAAAAAGAUCUUAUGGCAAUUAGGUACUUUGGUUGGCGCCCCCGUAGGUAUAGCUCUAGUCGCAGGCAUAACAGUUCCAGCUAUGGUUAUAGGCAUUCCAGUUUGGGUCGGUAGAAAACUCUUCACUAGGUACAAGUCUUCAGGUAAACAUAAAAGGAACGCCGCCAUCGUCGGGGGAGUUGUAGCAUCGGUAUUAGUAUCUCCCAUUUUGGCCGGUUUAGCUGUAGGUAUCGGGGUACCAAUUUUACUAUUUUACGUGUACGGCGUCGUACCUGUGUCUUUAUGUCGUUCGGGAGGUUGCGGAGGUUCUACUUCUUCGGAAGAUUCAAAUGUAAUUACUUCAAGAGCUGCCGAUGCAACUUCUAUUGAUGCGGUCAGCACCAAAGGACCUAAUCCUUCAAUAGGGGAAGCCAGUCUAUCACUCGCUAGCGGUAGUCAAGUACUUAGAGAUAUAGACAGAGAAUCCGCUAGUACAGUUGCUUUAGCCGGUAGUUUAAAUCAAGCCGGUCAAAGAUUAGAAGUCCAAGCGGAUCUAGCAUCCGCACAAAGGUUUAGCCUUAGCAGUUUAAGCGAAUCGAUGAAUGCAAGUAUAACAGACGAUGCGGGAGCUAGUGUUAGGGCUUUAGCAGGAUCAAUGCUAAAUUAUAAGGCUCCGGGUAGUGAUUCUUGUAGUUGUAUUACCACAGAAGACUGUACGUCAGAAAGAGUAAGAUUCGAUGAUAACGUCAGUUUUAUAACGUCUUCUCAAGCUGAGAAAACUAGCAUCGGUAGCAGUUGUAGCUUUCGAGCAAGAUGUGCCACGAUGUAUGCACUUUCAAAAUCCAAUGCCGCUGACAAAAUCAGCGAUACCCUUAGCAACGACAGUGUGUGCAUAGAAAUAGACGAAAAGCCGAAGAAAUAUUUUUCGCAGGCAGCUAUAUUACGCAGUCAAUUUUUCCAUUCCAUAAACGAUGGUAAACCGACUACCAAAAGUCUUGACGAUAAAACCAUCAUCGAAGUAUCCAAUGAAACGUUGGAUAAACAAUCACAACCGCUUAUAGUCACCGAAAAUGGACCUGCCAUCGUUAAACUAUCGUCGUCUUUGAAUUUCGAAAAUUCCAAAUUAUAGUUACCUUCUAUAGAUAUGAAAAAUUUUCUUGCCAAGACUGACGAUACGGGGUACAUAAGUUGCGGUUUUAACAAAAAAAAAAAUAUAUGUUGAGGUAUAUUCAUUCGAUCAACUUUUUAUUCGUUCCGGGAAGAGAUUUAUUGGGAAACAAUCAAGUUAUUGGUAGUUUUUUUUUAUUAAAAUUUGAUUUUUAAGUCAUAUUUUCAUCGAAACGUCUCACUUUAACCGUGUUAUGGUGUUGCACUGAAAUCGGUUCUGUUUAAUCACAAAUAUCCACUUUUAUGUAUAUUUCUUUUAUAUAAAAAUCUUUUUCCUACCUUAAAAUGUUCAAAUUGAACGUCCCAUUCAAUUUUCCACAUAAUUUAAUAUAAUUUUUAUUAUAUCGAAUCGCAAUUAUUGAUAAUUGAAAUAAGAGAAUGUUUUUUGCAUGAAAUUAAGAGUAACAAUCGUAUAAUAUUCAAUCUAGUUCAUCGAAAUUAAAUUAAAGUGCUAUUUCUUGUUCUAGAGCUUUUUUUCUGAAGUUAAAUCAGCCAAUACUAACUAGGAAAUGAAUCUGAAGAAUAUUGUGGUUACGGAAGCCAAAUUCAUCGAUAUAGUUUCCUUCAAGAUUGAUCAAAGUCCCACCUUUCCUUUUUUAAGUGCUAUUUCUUUUUCUAGAGCUUUUUCUUUGGGGAAUAAAUCAGCCAAUACUCACUAGAGAAUGAAUUUGAAGAAUAUUGUGGUUACGGAAGCCAAAUUCAUUGAUAUAGUUUCCUUCAAGAUUGAUAAAAGUCCCACCUUUCCUUAUUUAAGUGCUAUUUCUUGUUCUAGAGCUUUUUUUCUGGGAAUAAGUCAGCCAAUACUCACUAGAGAAUGAAUCUGAAGAAUAUUGUGGUUACGGAAACCAAAUUCAUCGAUAUAGUUUCCUUCAAGAUAGAUCAAAGUCCCACCUUUCCUUAUUUAAGUGCUAUUUCUUGUUCUAGAGCUUUUUUCUAGGAAUAAAUCAACCCAUACUUGCUAGAGAAUGAAUCUGAAGAAUAUUGUGGUUACGGAAGCCAAAUUCAUCGAUAUAGUUUCCUUCAAGAUUGAUAAAAGUCACACCUUUCCUUAUUUAAGUGCUAUUUCUUGUUCUAGAGCUUUUUUUCUGGGAAUAAGUCAGCCAAUACUCACUAGAGAAUGAAUCUGAAGAAUAUUGUGGUUACGGAAGCCAAAUUCAUCGAUAUAGUUUCCUUCAAGAUUGAUAAAAGUCCCACCUUUCCUUAUUUAAGUGCUAUUUCUUGUUCUAGAGCUUUUUUUCUGGGAAUAAGUCAGCCAAUACUCACUAGGGAAUGAAUCUGAAGAAUAUUGUGGUUGCGGAAACCAAAUUCAUCGAUAUAGUUUCCUUCAAGAUAGAUCAAAGUCCCACCUUUCCUUAUUUAAGUGCUAUUUCUUGUUCUAGAGCUUUUUUUCUGGGAAUAAGUCAGCCAAUACUCACUAGAGAAUGAAUCUGAAGAAUAUUGUGGUUACGGAAGCCAAAUUCAUCGAUAUAGUUUCCUUCAAGAUAGAUCAAAGUCCCACCUUUCCUUAUUUAAGUGCUAUUUCUUGUUCUAGAGCUUUUUUCUAGGAAUAAAUCAACCCAUACUUGCUAGAGAAUGAAUCUGAAGAAUAUUGUGGUUGCGGAAGCCAAAUUUAUCGAUUUUAAUCAUAGUAUUUGGUAACGGUACCAUAAUGUUAAAGAAGGUUUUCGAAAGUUACCUGGUACACAGUUUGAGUUUUAUUAAGGCCCCUUUUUAAUCGUCGCUUUUUUACCGAAUCUCCUUAUACCUCAACAUUGAUAAUAUGUAAAUAUAACGAGUAAUAAUUUUUUUUAUAUCAUACAAUUUUAAAGGGGAUUGUGAUACGAUUAAAAUAUUUUUUCCUUUUGAACAGAAAACGUCACUCUUUCUCAUUAAUCAUACAUUGAUGAAUGAAAAAAUUCAAUCAUUUGUCCCCUUUGUUUUCCUCUUCUUUUUCAUUAUUUAAAAAAUAUUUUGCUCGUGUUUCACACUCCAUUUUUCUAUAUGUGUAUAAUUUAUAAGUGUAAAAUAUUUUUUUUAUAUAUAUAUAUAUACAUUAGCCCCCUCGUAUAAUAUUAUUUUGAUGGAUGAACGUCUUUCAAUAAUUAAUAAAUUUUAAUAUUUUGUUAACAGGACCGUUUUUCCUUCGGCUAUACUUCACCUAAUGUGUUUGAAGAGAUUAUUUUUUUAAUUGUAACACCUGUAAUAAAAAUAUAUCAUAAAUAUACCUUCAA